AUGUUCCGAUUAAUGCGCGUCCUUUUCAGCACGGCGAAGAGCGGAGCGGCCGGAAGGGCAGGAAGCCCGUCACGCCCCCUCUCCGCUUCCUCUGACUCACGGAGGUUGGCCGGGAAGGUGGCCGUGAUCACCGGCGCGGCGAGCGGCAUCGGGAAGGUGACCGCCGCCGAGUUCGUACGGAACGGCGCCAAGGUCGUGCUCGCCGACGUCCAGGACAGCCUGGGCCGCGCCGUGGCCGCCGAGCUCGGCGACCCGGACACGGCCUGUUACACCCGCUGCGACGUCACGGACGAGGGGCAGGUGGCGGCCGCCGUGGACCUCGCCGUGGCGCGGCACGGCCGGCUCGACGUCAUGUUCAACAACGCCGGGAUCACGGGCGGCAACUACGCGGGCUCCCCCAUCGAGUCCCUGGACAUGGCCGACUUCGACCGCGUCAUGGCCGUCAACCUCCGCGGCGUGGCCGCCGGCAUCAAGCACGCGGCGCGCGUCAUGGUCCCGCGCGGCGCGGGGUGCAUCCUCUGCACGUCCAGCACGACGGGCGCGCUGGGCGGGUCGGGCCCCCACGCGUACAGCGUCUCCAAGAUGGCCGUCGUCGGCAUGGUGCGGUCCGCGGCGGCGGAGCUGGCGGCGCGCGGCGUGAGGGUGAACGCCAUCUCGCCGUACGCCAUCGCGACGCCCAUGGGGGCGCGCUCCGCGAGGGAGAUGCUAGGCCUCCCGCCGGGGGGCGCCGGCGACGAGGAGUUGAUCAGGCGGCUGUUCGACGAGGACAUCAACGAGAUGGGCGGCGGCGUGGUGCUGCGCGCGGAGGACGUUGCGAGGGCGGCGGUGUUCCUGACGUCCGAGGAUGCCAGGUACAUCACCGGGCAUAAUCUCAUGGUCGACGGCGGGUUCUCCGUCGUGAAGCCGCUCAACGUCCCGGCCUGUUGA